AUGAAAAGCACACUCUUGAUUGUUAUCGGUAGUCUCUUGUUGGCGGCUCUCCUUACUGCAAGCAUGUUGCAAGCGGAGGGUCAGUUUUACAAGAGUGCUGCAAGAAGAAACAGUAAGCCCUGUGGAGUGUCGGCUCUAAUUAAAAACAAGACCAAGCAGCUUGAAAAGGUGAAGAAGGGUAUCUGUCAGGUGCGAAACAUGAUACAUGCAGUUCGCCUGAACAUGUAUGAGGAUUCCCGUUCGUCCUACUACCUUAAAAAUCAAAAGAUGGUAUUGAAAGAAUUAAAACGUGUUGCGUCGACUCUACGAUUUGAAAUUGAGGCUCUCCUUAAGAGAAGAAGAAGCCUCCACGAACGAAACAUUGUGAUGCAAAAGGCCGGACGAAAGCAUCAUGUUCGUAACAAGGUCAGGGAGGUAGGCUUAUCAAAAACUUCCGUUGAAACAAAGGCAUGCACAAAAUCAUCAUCUAAGGUACCGCAUGCCGAUCGUCAACGUAAGAAGGCUCUUACCCCUAAGAAACCAAGACGUCCGUCGUCAUCUUCUCUAGAAGCAUUUUCAACCACCUCUCUCUACCUGCAACAGGAUGAGACUUUUACAGCAACCCAUCGUAAAUCGUUGAAGCCUUCUUCAAAACAACAAUCCAGAAAACCAAGAAGGAAGAGAACAAAUAGCAAGCAGAAAAGUUGGAAAACUUCUCAAUCUCGUACAAAGGAACAACAACCAUUCACUGACGCAAAAGAAUCUAACGUAGUUGAAGAUUCCUCUUCUGUAAUAUCAACAGUUAUGAAUGUUCAAUCAUCAAAACCAAUCAAUAAGGUUGCAACAGUUCAUAGCCAUUCUAAGCAUGCAGCUACUGCAUCUUCAAGUCACCGUCAAGUAUCGUCAUCCCCAUCGACUGAUUACAACACGCAAAGCGAUGACGUUUAUAACAACCGAAGAAAUGAAACAUCCUCCACAACAGGACCAAAGGAUCAAGCUGCCAGAAAGAAUUUAACUUCUCCUCGUCCUGAAAAAACUAUUUGGGAAAGACAACGAGCAAGCCAACGACCAAAGUCUUUAGUAGUCAUCUCACCCAGUAGUACAACCACCAAAAAGCAUAAUCACAAGAAUGGUGGAGUUUCAAAUCCAAAAACAGUACCACAAUCUCAAUUUCCAAAGAGAAUAGAAUCAAAGCCUAAAAGCUCGUCCGUUAAAGCCAAAGUCGACCGUAGAAACAAAGAUCGUAAAACCGUCGCUGAGGAAGUGUCAAAAAGAAGUGACAAAAGAAUGGGUGAUGGACCAUCUCGUGAAGCCAAAUCAAAGAUAUCUGGCUCUCCAUUGGAUAUCAAGAAGGAAAAAGAUCGCUCCUUACUGACUUCAUCAUCGACAGCUGAAAGAAGGAAACAACCGGUAAAGGAAGUUAACAUUGAAUCAAUCGAAACUGUCAAAUCAAAAGAAAGCAAGAAAUACAACCAUUCCCAAUCCAUAGCAGAAAGAAAGUCAUCUAAGCACGGUGAAAAAUCUGCUGCGACAUCUGUGAAGGUGCCGUCAGAGAGCUCAAAAGUCAGAAGAAACGAUGAUUUGACAUCUAUUCAUCAACAACAUAAAGUGAUGACAUCCAAUGAUUCAGCAAGCUCAAAUGUCAAGAAGGAGAAAAACAGCUUCAAAACACAAGAACAAAGGUCUGUAGGAAAAUCGUCAGAGAUUGUUAGUGGUCCUUCGAGAGUGCCCGAAAAAGAAUUACCAAAACAACGCUCGUCAGAACAGAAUUCAAGAUUAGAAAGAAAACCAAAGAAGGACUCUUCAUCCAGUAAAAAGUCAACAACACAAAAUGUCAAGCCUAAAGAAACUAAGAAGCAAGAUUUACCCUCUAAUGAGAAAGUGACCACACCAACUCGUACAAAGCCAAGCAGUGAUAAGCAAGAGAGAGGUAGAAAUAGUGUCUCAUCGAAACAAGAGAGACAACCAAGCAAUCCUACAAAGCACUCAAACGAAUCUGUGAAACGUGUUUCGUCAUUGAGAAAUUUGAGUUCAAAACCAGAAAUCAAGGAAAGAGCCACUUCAUCCUCAAAACCAGCCAACAGGACUAUUUCCAGAACAGAAUCCAUCGCUAAACGUCCAGUUCAAAAGGAACGAGACACUCCACUCUCAAAAUCAACCAAAACCGCUUCCAGAACAGAAUCUAUCGCUAAACGUCCAGUCGGAGCUCAACGUCCAGUUCAAAAGGCACGAGACACUUCAUCCUCAAAAUCAACCACCAAUACUUCCAGAACAGAAUCCAUCGCUAAACGUCGAGUUGAUAAGGAAACGAUGCGAUCCAAGUCUUCACAGACAAGACAAAACAAAUCUUCUUCCAAAAAGGAUCAAGGACCCACUCAAAGUAUGAUUUCAACAUUGGGAAUAAGCAAUAGAAAUACCAAGGUAGCACGAUCUGUCAACAAUAGACCAACCUCAAUCACUUUUGAAAAAAGGACUUCAGUCAUUGUCAAGCCAAAAGAAAAUGUCAAAGAAGCCAAGAACGUGUACUCAAAUGAAUCUGUGAAACGUGUUUCGUCAUUGGGAAAUUCGAGAGCCGCCUCAUCCUCAAAAUCAACCAAAACCGCAUCCAGAACAGAAUUCAUCGCUAAACGCCCAGUUGGAGUUCAACGUCCAGUUCAAAAGGAACGAGACACUUCAUCCUCAAAAUCAACAAAAACCGCUUCCAGAACAGAAUUCAUCACUAAACGUCCAGUUGGUAAGGUAACACGAUCUGUCAACAUUAGGCCAACUUCAAUCACUUCUGAAAAAAGAACUUCAGUCAUUGUCAAGCCAAAAGAAAAUGUUAAAGACGCCAAGAAGGUUCAUACUUCAUCUGGUCGCCAAAGUGACAAAGUAAAUCGUUCAACACCAAGUGUCAAGAAAGAGACGGAUCGAAAGAACGUGACUACUUCUGUUCCUCGUCAAAAAGAAAAAGUGAACACUUCCAUUCGUUCGACCCCUAUCGUUGAAAAGGUUGCUCCUCGUAAACCACCAAAACAGACUUCAAGCAAAUCCUCAACUCCAGUAGUCCCUCCUUCCAAACCUACUAAACCAAAAGAAAACAAAAAACAAUCAGAACAAACUUCAAAAACCGAAAAGAGACCAGUUCAUCCAAAACCAAAACAGUCUGUUGUUACAACCACAGACAAGGUUGUCUUAGCAGCUGCAAAGCCAUCCAAGCCAAAGGAGCCCAAACAACCAGAAAAACUCUCAACUACCAAAACAGAAAAGAAGGCAACUCGACCAAAACCACAACAACCUGUCGUCAAACCAACAGAAAAAGUGGUCUUGGCAUCCGUAAAACCCAGAUCAGUUUCCCCAACUGCCUUAAAGAAAUGUCAAGCCAUUGGUGAUCCUCAUUACACCACAUUCCAAGGGAAAUAUUUUGAUUUCUAUGGAAUUGGUGAUUAUGUUUUGGCUGGCUCCACAGAUGGUGAUUUCAUUGUUCACUCCAGAACUGGUAAAUGGAACAGUGCCAGUGUCAAUACUGCUUUCGCAGUCAAGCUCAAUAAUCAGAACAUUGUUGAAUACGACAUUGAAAGCGACUCGUUCUAUGUGGAUGGACAACAAAUCUCAAUUAAAGUAGGAGACACAAUAACCUUUGAUACAGGAGCUACUGCUAAGAGAACGGGUGCUGCCUCAAUGACGAUUUCUUCCACUAAUGGCGCUCAUUUGAUUGCCACUUGGUACAGAGAUGCAGGAUAUAAGAGAUACGGAUCUUUUGGUCACAUUUCCUUGAUUGUUGAAGCUCCUACUGAUUUGUCAUUCAGUUCUGGUUUGUGUGUCGAUCGGAGCUACCAAUCCGUUACCGCCACUGGAAUUUUACAUGAUCAUGUCCAACGAAUUGUGACACGUUCGGUGCAACCCAAACAACCAACUCAGGCACAAGUUCAAGCAGCAACUGAAGCCUGUCGUACAGCUGGAUUGAAAGGUGUGAAUCAUCCAUUGGCUUUGAAAGCUUGCAUUGCUGAUCAGGUUCAAACUGGAUCCAAAGUUGGUGCAUCCAUUGCCAAGGUCAUUAAACAAGCAGAACAAAUUGCUGACAAGAAGGAGAAGAAAUGGGCUCAACAAGCAGAACAGAUUAAGGAGGUGAAGGUUGAACAAGUGAACCCAGCAGUGGUAACAAUGCAAGCGCGUACUCAACCUCUUGUAAAACCAGUCGUCACUCCAAAAUCAAACACAAUUACAGAACAAACAAAACCAAAAGGAACAGCACAAACAAAACCAACCAGUACAGCAUCAAAAGAAACUAGAACUUCAAUUAGAGACGCUACCGAGAAAGCAGAAACAAAAAAGAUCAUUGAACCAAGAGUACCAAAAGUUGUGACUGUUCAAUCCAAGUCUACAGAAGUCUCUCCAACACGUCCAGCGCUCAAGAAACAGGACAGAAGUACAGAAGUCAUUCCAAAGUCUAGUGAAGCUACUUCCAAUGGAAGUGUGAAAUCCAAUCCAAAGUCAAAGGGAGGUCAUAAUCCAAGGUCCGUGAUGAGAGAGUGGAUUGAGACAACGAAGGAAGCCAAGCGUUCUCAACAAGCAAGUCCUUCAGUUGCUACCUCACAACAACAACAACAACGUGCGGAUCAAAAGUUGGCAACUCAGACCACAACAAAGAGUGACAAAGCCAAGCAAGUCUUGGUAAAACCAAAGCCUGCUGCAAUACAGGUUAAAAAAGAAACACCAAUUGUAAAACCAUCAAAUCCAACAGUCAACAAGGAAACUUCGCCAAAUACCAUUGCAAAACCACCAACUAAACCUCGUGAAGCUGUUCGUGUGGAUCCAAAACCUACACCAAAACCUGUUGUCGUUGCAACUCCAGUCAAAAAGGAAACACCAAUUGUAAGACCACCAACCCCACCACGUGAAGCAGUUCGAAUGGAUCCAAAACCUACACCAAAACCUCCUGUAACAAUUGCAGCACCAGCCAGAACUGCCUUUGAAAGAAAGGCCGUAGCAAGACCUCCACUAUCUAGAAGAAGAUAG